UGGUGGCAGUGGUCGGCGGAGGUUGGUGGUGAAUGCGUCGCUGGCUCGUGGCGGUGUACAGUAGACCCACGCAAUAGCAGCAGCCGUCAUGGAGUGUCCUCAUAAAGAGAUCACGUACGAUGAGCUGUCCUCGCAUCUCGAUGAUGUAACGGUCAUCGACGUCCGGAAUCGCAACGAGUUACAGGCUGAUGGUCAGAUCCCAGGAUCCCACUGUAUCCCAGUGACGGAAAUCAAAUAUGCGUGUGGGCUGGAUGAGACGACCUUCAAGGCGAGGUAUGGUUUCGACAAGCCUGGACCGGACGAGUCGCUUGUGGUGUGCUGCAAGACGGGUGUCCGCUCCAAGACGGCCUGUGACCUACUCCAGGCCAAGGGGUUCAAGCGGCACAGGAUCUACCGUGGCUCCUUCAGCGAGUGGGAGGAGAAGGGAGGUGACACGGUCAAGCCAGGACAGCCCCAUGAGAUAGAGUUCUCGGACAGUGAAGAGGAGGAACAACAGUCGUGUCGCGUCGGCUCGUCCUGCACUCGUAAUGGCUCUUCAAAGAGGUCGUGAUAAAUUUCCCCAAGUGUUGGAGUGACUCAUCGUCCCAUAGAGGAUAUUUCAAACACCCGUAAGACUUGUGACAGCUUACUUCAGAAUUCAUGAGGGUUUAUCCUAAAACAUGUGAAGACUCGUCCCAAAGUUCAUAAAGGUUUAUGUUAUAACUUCCUAAUAACUUGUGCCAGAAUUUGUGAGGGUUUAUCUGUAAGUUUCAUUAUAACGUGUGGAGACUUCUAGGUAUUUUUUUCCCUUUGCCAUUUUUAAAGUUAAUGUGACACAUCAUUUUAAGGAUGUCGGGGAACCUGAAUUCAAUUGCUUCUAAAUGUUUGUUUCCAUUUAUGAGGAAUUUGAUCAACACAGUACCAAUGGCAAUAUACACAACCAAUGUCACUGUGUCGGGUUGUAAGGGAACCCCUGGCUUCAUUUACUAUGGAUGUUUCAAGGGCAGGGAAUUACUGUACUAUACUAAUGGAUGUUGUGAAAAGGCAAGAGCUGUAUCUCAACAAAUGUAGAGACUAUCACUACUGUGGUGUAUGACAUUAAUACAGAUAUUGAAUAUAAAUUGAACCUAUUAUGUAAGGAGUAUGCAUAUGUGCGAGAGUAUGAAUACCUGUAUAAAGACAGAUUCGUCUCUUAUCGACUACAUAAACGGUCACAAAAACAGAGCGAACGUACACAUGGUCAUAAAAGUAUCUGCACACAUUUUGCAUGAAGCAAUCGAUACAACAUUGCAAAAUGUUAUAUCAUUUGCCAAGAACAUUUCCUGUUUUAUCCAUAGUAUUAUUAUAGUCACACCAGAAUAAAAGAGAUUAAUCUUGUGAACAAUGUGUAGUGUGGAUCAUGGUGGUGGUAAUGUUGUGACACGGGUGUAGUGAUCAUUUAAGAAAUCAUCGUACCCAAUGUGCACAGAUACUUUUUUGGUCGUGUGUACAGAUCAUGUUGCAAAAGUGGACUCCUACAAGUGUACUUAGACUAAUGAAUUAUUAUAUUGUACUGUAUCACGAAUACGAAGAUUUUGCAACUACAGUACUGCAUACAAACUUAUGAGAAAAUCAGAAUACAAGACUGUAAUGCUAAUGUUUGUGAUUGAAUGUUCUCAGGUAUAUUUUUGUAGAUAUUAUAUUGUGGUUUCCAGAUGAAAUUCAUUUAUUCCAAUAUACAAUUGGACAAAUAAAGACGAAACUGUGUGUGCUUAAUCCCAUAUUGGGAGAGUCACGAUGAACAUACAAUUUCAAACAUUUUA